CUAACCAUUCCAUGUUCUUGAAACGCGAGCGCCUUAAAAGUUUGUUUGUUGUUUGCACAGAAGUCGUCAGGGGAAUUUAGAAUCUCUUUCAUCGAAUCGGAAUUUGCAAUCUUCAACAUCAUGACCUCGGAUUUCAAACCUAUGACGCACUGUUUCAUCCCGGGCUGCACGGCCAUCGCCGACUGGAACAAGCUCCACUUCUUCAAGAUGUCCUUCGGCGAUUUGCCCCACUGGUGGAAGAGCACGGCCUGGGUGGCCAAGUUCAACACGGAACUGCCGGCGGACGCCCUGAUAUGCGAGCGGCACUUCGAGGAACGGUUCAUCGAUCGGUCACGCAAGAAGCCCCGCCUUCUGGUGGGAACCAUUCCGACAUUGAAUCUGGCCUCGCUCGAGGUGGACAACGAGAACAAUCUGGAGUACUUCUGCCGGCUGUGUGCAAAGAAGGGCUUCAAACCGAUGCGGUACCGAUUGGAGCAUCUGGACGGGAUGAACGAUGUGCUGAGCUGCUGUUUGGGCCGGUUCCAAGCGGAGGUGGGAUUGCCCACAGGGGUGUGCGAAACCUGUAUCAAUAUGAUGAAGAAAUUCGCCCAUUUCGUUCGGCAAUGCGAGGAAUCUCAGCUGCAAAUACUGCAGCUCAACGAGAAGCGUCGCAGGGAGGAAUUGGGCGAUGAACCGGAGGAGAUGACCCAGGAACAGUACGAUGCCAACAAAGAGAACACCGACACGGAGGAUGGCUUUGAAACGAAAAUCAACCUGGCCAAUACCUCGGAAACGGAACGGAACCACAGCACGGGAAAGCGGAAAAGUAAGAUGUUCACCGAUGGUAAACCGUGUCCGGAUUGUGGUAAACUGUUCAAAACCCAGGCAAGAUAUUACCACCACGUAAAGAGUCACAGCGAGUUGCUGGAAUAUGGAUGCCAGAUUUGUGGGAAGAAUUUUUCCCGGAGAAACGGUCUCCGGAGGCACCUGGAGCAGGUGCAUGGCGGCAAAAUGAAGUUCAAAUGCGUCCAAUGCGGGGAAACGUUUACGAACAAGAACCUGCUCAGGACACAUCACAAAGAGGUGCACAAGGCUGAUAGUAGUAAAAUCAUAGGCAAAGUUGAGCCUGAGCCAAUGGAUGAGAAGACAGAACUUGGAAUUGAACCGGACGCAAAUGCUUUUGAUCAAGCGGGAACGGCCUAGCGAUGCUGGUUCCUCUUUAAUUUUAGGAUUACAGUAUUACAGUGGCUUCUCUUUUGCCACUGUUACUGUAAGUUGGCGCUCAACGCACUUCAUUUCCAUAGAAUUAAACAAACAAUGUUCAUUAAAAAAGUACCGUCCAAUGUAAA